GGCGGCAACGGCUCGCGUAGAUCGCAGUACGUACCUCCCCAUCUCAGAAACAGAAACACGUCUUCUGGCUCUGGCUUUGGCGGCAACGGUGGCGGCCGUGGCCGUGGCAGUUUUGGCGGCAGCAACUACAACAAUGCUGGCAACCGCGACAACACGAUCUUCGGAGGCAGCGGACGCAGCAGAGACCGUGGCUUUGGUGGAAGAGGAGGAUUCAGAUCCAACCAACUGCGUCCCGGUGUUGGACGUUGGGUCGAUGGUAAACACGAGCCUUCUGCCCGUAACGAACGUAUCGAACUCGAGUUGUUUGGAACCGCUGAGGACACCAGCUUCCAGUCGUCGGGUAUUAACUUCGACAACUACGACGAUAUCCCUGUUGAAGCCUCCGGUGAUGGCGUUCCUGACCCAAUCACCUCCUUCACUGCUCCACCUUUAGACGAGCUCUUGGUGGAAAACAUUACCAUGUCCAGAUUCACUAAACCUACCCCAGUGCAAAAGUAUUCCGUUCCUAUCGUUGCUGGUGGCAGAGAUUUGAUGGCCUGUGCCCAGACCGGUUCCGGUAAGACUGGUGGUUUCUUGUUCCCCGUCUUGUCUGAAUCAUACAUCAACGGACCAGCACCUAUUGCCGAAAGUACUGGUGCCUUUUCUUCUCACAAAGUUCAUCCUACCAUUUUGGUGAUGGCUCCUACCAGAGAAUUGGUCUCCCAGAUCUACGAUGAGGCAAAGAAAUUCGCUUACAGAUCGUGGGUCAAGCCUGCCGUCGUCUACGGUGGUGCUGACAUUGGCCAGCAGAUCAGAAACUUGGACAAGGGCUGUGAUCUUUUAGUAGCCACUCCAGGUCGUCUUAAGGACUUGUUGGAAAGAGGCCGUGUGUCUUUGGCCAACAUUAAGUACUUGGUUCUUGACGAAGCCGACAGAAUGUUGGAUAUGGGUUUCGAACCUCAAAUCAGACAUAUUGUCCAGGAAUGUGACAUGCCAGAUGUCCAAGACAGACAAACAUUGAUGUUCUCUGCCACUUUCCCUACUGACAUCCAGAUGCUUGCCCGUGAUUUCUUGAAGGACUACAUCUUUUUAUCUGUCGGUAGAGUCGGUUCCACUUCCGAAAACAUUACUCAGAAGAUUUUAUACGUUGAAGACGAAGAAAAGAAGUCCGUCUUGUUGGACUUGUUGUCUGCUGGCGACGCUGGUUUGACAAUCAUCUUCACUGAAACCAAGAGAAUGGCCGACAACUUGGCAGAUUUCUUGUACGACCAGGGCUUCCCAGCCACCGCCAUUCACGGUGACAGAUCGCAGUACGAAAGAGAAAAGGCUUUGGCCGCCUUCAAGAGCGGUGCUGCUCCUAUUUUGGUGGCUACUGCCGUUGCUGCUAGAGGUUUGGAUAUUCCAAAUGUCGCCCAUGUCAUCAACUAUGACUUACCUAGUGACAUCGAUGACUAUGUCCACAGAAUUGGUCGUACCGGUCGUGCUGGUAACGUUGGUAUCGCUACCGCAUUCUUUAACAGAAACAACAAGAACGUUGUUAAGGGCUUGAUUGACUUGUUGAGUGAAGCCAACCAAGAAGUUCCUGAUUUCUUGGCCAAAAUCGGCAGAGAAUCCGCUUUUGGAGGUAAGACUGGCGGUAUGCGCGGCGGUCGUGGUGGCUCUAGAGGUCCAGUUAGAGACUUCAGAAGAGGCGCCAGUGGUGGCUCUUCCGGUGGUUGGGGCAACUCCAGUGGCAGUGCCGGUGGCUGGGGUGCUGCUCCAAGUGGCGGCAAUUCCUACAACUCUGGCUACAGCUCUCGUUCCAACUCGUACAACAGCUCUUAUGGAUCCUCCGGUUACGGUAACCCAACCUCCACCAACUCGUGGUGGUAA